UCUGCCGCUCCGUUCUUCCAACUCCAACGGUUCUCCUCCACAAUCCCCACCCACGUCCUCCCCCCUCGCCUCAUCUUUCUUCCAUCACCACCCCUAUCAAAUAGCCAUGGAGCCCCCCAGGACUCGAUCGCGUUCUCGGUCUGGAUUCUACCAGCAGUACGGUGCGACCGGCCCCGGGAUUAAUGCCAACGGGGGAACUGGACCUAACAACAAUUACCACCAUAGCCAGCAACAACAUCAACAGCAGCACCACGACUCGGGGUGCGCACCGCUUGGAGCUCACAGCCACCACACGGAGCAGCACAGCAUUGGAGCCCCAGGAUCUAACGUCUCCCCUGGUGCUCAGAGGCAGUCGGGACCGCCUGGAGCACAUCGCAUCUCGGCUGCAGGAGCCGUAGGGGGGAGGAGCCAUCCUGACCAUGCCUGGGGAGAGGAGAGUGACAAGCGUGAGGACAGCCCCAGUCCAAAGCGUCAGAGGCUAUCCGGCCAAUCAGUGCUGGAUCUCUCCACUGUGGCCCCACCCUCAACCCCCUCUCCACCAAUGAGGCCAUGGGAGCUGCCCCCCAGUCGCAGACCUCCCCCUAACCCCCACCCCCACUACCACCAGGAGCGCUGCCAUACACCUGCCAGACACAGACACAGGUAA